UUCUUCCUGCUUCUGAGGAUCGAGUCAUCUGUGUUUUUACUUGUUAGUGUUUAAGAUAAGCAGCGUAGCCGCUUUUAGUUUUUAGUUUCAUCAAACGUUUUUGGAUCAGAAUCUAAUAUUAACUCAGAUUAGAUUUAAGUAGCUAUAAGGUGGCGAGUGACACAUUACACGCUCACCGCAUCACUGAGCUUCUCUUCAUUAACAUUUCUAUACGAUCAUGUUGGACUGUGUUUAUUAUUAUUACUGCACACAUGAUCGUGACAUCGUACACUUCAGAUGUAAUUAGUGAGCGAGGACACGAGCGCUGUUCUGAAUAUUUAAAUAUAUUUACCACUUCAAACUGUCCCUCAGUUACCUCAUCAGGGGGUAACAACACGUCAGCAUGCUAACCUGCUCCUUUGCUAAUUUACUAGCUUUAUUGCAGCAUGCUAGCUAGCUUGUGUGUUUUAUUGCAUUUGUCAUGAAAAAAAAUGAACAUCAUCUGACAAUUUUUCACCCUUUUGAAAAGGAAACUGUGUCAAAUCGCUGCAAAGCAUUCUGGCAGCAGGGAGCUAAAACAGCAUCUGAGCCACCCAUUGCUCCUCCAGUAUCUGAGGAGGAAGAUGAGGAAGAAGAGGAAGAGGAAGAAGAAGAAGAAGAAGAAGAAGAUGAUGAGGUGCCCCCUAUAAUCGCGCCAAGACCAGAACACACCAAAUCAAUCUACACACGCUCCGUCAUCGAACCCGCUGCGACCCCUGACCCUGUUAAAGAGGUCACGACCCCGCCAGAGUCACAGGUCCAAUCAGAGGAGACAACAACUUCUAGCACGUUGUACAGACACACAGACCGACAGAGAAAAAAAUCCAAAAUGACUGAUGAGGAGAUUCUCGAACGGCUCAGGAGCAUCGUCAGUGUCGGGGAUCCAAAGAAGAAAUACACACGCUUUGAGAAAAUAGGACAGGGGGCGUCUGGAACAGUUUACACAGCCAUCGAUAUCGCAACAGGACAGGAGGUUGCUAUAAAGCAGAUGAACCUUCAGCAGCAGCCGAAGAAGGAGUUGAUCAUUAAUGAGAUUUUGGUGAUGAGGGAAAACAAGAACCCCAACAUUGUUAACUACCUGGACAGUUAUUUAGUAGGAGAUGAAUUGUGGGUAGUGAUGGAGUACUUAGCAGGCGGCUCUCUUACUGAUGUCGUCACAGAAACCUGCAUGGACGAAGGACAGAUUGCGGCAGUGUGCCGAGAGUGUUUGCAGGCUCUCGACUUCCUGCACUCUAAUCAGGUGAUUCAUAGAGACAUCAAGAGUGACAACAUCCUGCUGGGUAUGGACGGAUCUGUCAAGCUGACGGAUUUCGGGUUCUGUGCUCAGAUCACCCCGGAGCAGAACAAGCGCAGUACGAUGGUGGGAACGCCGUACUGGAUGGCACCUGAGGUUGUGACUCGGAAAGCCUAUGGACCCAAAGUGGACGUGUGGAGUCUCGGCAUCAUGGCCAUAGAAAUGGUGGAGGGAGAACCACCGUACCUGAACGAGAACCCACUGAGGGCGCUGUAUCUCAUUGCCACUAACGGCACACCAGAGCUACAGAACCCCGAGCGUUUAUCCUCAGUCUUCAGAGACUUCCUGAACCGCUGUCUGGAGAUGGAUGUAGACCGGCGAGGAUCAGCUAAAGAGCUGCUGCAGCACUCUUUCCUGAAGCUGGCAAAGCCUCUGUCUAGUCUGACGCCGCUGAUUGUAGCCGCCAAGGAAGCCAUCAAGAACAGCAGCCGCUAGAGGGGACUACACACACACAUAUAUACACACACACAUAUACACACACAUACACACACACACAUACACAUAUACACACACACACACAUAUACACACACACACACACACAUAUAUACACACACACAUACACACAC